AUGCAUUACUCACUUACUUUCAUCCAACUCCUCGCUGCUGGAUCAGCGUUCGCAGCACCGCACAGCUCUUCCGCUCUUUCCCAACGCCAAAGCAACAUCAGCUCCCUCAACGAUGAAUUCGUGGCCAGUGGAAAGCUCUACUGGGGCACCGCCGCAGACGCCGGCACCCUCUCCGAGACCCAAAACGCCGCCAUCAUCAAGUCCGACUUUGGCCAACUGACGCCCGAGAACUCGAUGAAAUGGGACGCGACCGAGCCCACGCAAGGAACCUUCACAUUCGACGGUGCAGACACUCUCGUCGAUUUCGCUACGCAGAAUGGCAAGCUUCUGCGUGGGCAUACACUUGUCUGGCAUUCGCAACUGCCUAGUUGGGUGGAAGCCAUCACUGACCCGGAGACUCUGACGAGUGUGAUUCAGAAUCAUGUCACUGAGCUUGCGGGGCGGUAUAAGGGCAAGAUCUAUGCGUGGGAUGUGGUCAAUGAGAUUUUUGAUGAGGAUGGGACGUUGCGUGAGUCGGUGUUCUCGAAUGUUCUUGGGGAGGAGUUUGUGAGCAUUGCUUUUAAGGCUGCUAAGGAGGCUGACCCCGACGCUAAACUCUACAUCAACGACUACAACCUCGACUCGGCUUCAUACGCCAAACUGACCGGCCUCGUCAGCAAAGUCAAAGAAUGGCGAGCAGCAGGUAUCCCCAUCGAUGGCAUCGGCUCCCAGACACAUCUUGGGUCCGCCUGGCCAGCCUCCGAUGCUACUGAAGCACGAGCAGCGCUGGCUGAAGCGGCCGACGAAGUCGCAAUCACGGAGCUGGACAUUGCUGGAGCGGCACCGCAGGACUACGUCGAUGUUGCCAACGCGUGUUUGGCUCUGGAGAAGUGCGUGGGCAUUACGAGCUGGGGUGUUUCGGACAAAGACAGCUGGAGAGAUGAUGAGACGCCUCUGCUGUUUGAUGCGGAGUUCCAGCCUAAGGAGGCGUAUGUGGCUUUGCUGGAGGCUAUUUGA